CACUUAUCGGACACGACGUCACGGAUAGAGUUUUCGAGACGUUUCUGGAAGCUCCCUUUCCAACGUAUAUACCCGUUGACCGCGCAGUUGGCUGCAAAGAAGGAAGAAUCUGCUGUGUUGUGUGUUUCACACGUUGAUACGCUUUUUUUGGAUUACCAGACUCGCAAGAGUACCGACCUUCAUUGACCUACAAGUCUGCCUACUCAACCAAAGUAGACGAUGGGUAAAGACUACUACAAGAUCCUCGGCAUCAGCAAGAGUGCCAACGAGGAUGACAUCAAAAAGGCCUACCGGAAGCUAGCCCUCAAGUACCACCCGGACAAGAACAAGACUCCCGAAGCGGAGGAGAAGUUCAAGGAGGUCGCCGAGGCGUACGAAGUCUUGAGCGACAAGAAGAAGCGAGACGUCUACGACCGAUUCGGCGAAGAGGGCCUCAAGGGCAGCGCCGGGGGUGGAGGUGGCGGUGGAGGACCCAACAUGCCCGGCGGUCAGUCCUUCACCUACACCUUCCACGGGGACCCGCGAGCCACGUUCGCCCAGUUCUUCGGCACCGACAACCCCUUCGAGAGCUUCUUCGGUUUCGGAGGCGGACCGGGGGGACCCGGGGGCAUCAACAUGUUCUUCGGAGGUCCAGGAGGCGGUGGAGACGAUGACAUGGACCUGGACGGAGACCCCUUCGGAGUCCCCAUGGGCGGAGGAGGCGGUAGACCGGGCGCCAAUCCGUUCCGGUCCCAGAGCUUCACGGCGGGCGCGAGACCGGGCAGCGGCGGAAAGGCUCAGGGCAGGCAAGACCCCGCCAUCGAGCACGACUUGCACGUCACACUCGAAGAGGUUCUCCGCGGCUGCACGAAGAAGAUGAAGAUAAGUCGGAAAGUUAUGGGACCGGAUGGUAGGACCCCCAAGCGCGAGGAGAAGGUGCUCACCAUCAACGUGAAACCGGGUUGGAAGGCCGGCACCAAGAUCACGUUUCAGCGGGAGGGUGACCAGCUGCCGGGCACCAUACCGGCCGACAUCGUGUUCAUCAUCCGCGACAAGCCCCAUCCACAGUUCAAGAGGGAGGGAGCUGACAUUCGCUACACUGCCAGGGUCACGCUCAAGCAGGCCUUGUGCGGAGUGACGAUAGAAGUGCCAACACUAACCAAGGGCAAGAUAUCUCUUCCCGUCAAGGACAUCAUCAAGCCCACGACGGUGAAGCGGUUCCCAGGACAGGGCCUGCCGUACCCGAAAGACCCAACGAAGCGCGGAGACCUGCUCGUCGCCUUCGACAUCCAGUUUCCCGACCACCUGUCCGAAAGUGCACGGCAAAUACUCUGGGACACGUUGCCUCCUCACGUCUGAACUCUUGGCAGGAAAGAGGACUUGGUUUUUUCCUAAUAUGCGAAAGCCCACCCCGGACGCUGACAGCUUGUGGGUGGACUCCACAUGUGCAACGACUGGACUGGAACAAAUUUUCCUUUUUCCUGCUUCAAAGUUUAAAGAGAGACCCUCCCUUCCUCACAAGGACCUACUGGUCUGCUACCACAGUGGAUGUCGUAACCAGGCCGACGCUGCCCUCAAAGAGCAACUCUUGCACUGGCACCUUGGCUACUGGGCGGGCACCGUGUGCAUAGUCGAGGGAAGACAGCAGUCGGAGUCGAAUGUGUCUGCGCAGCAAGCCCUCGUAAGAUCUGCAGUUUGGGCGAGUUUGCAGGAACUUGUAAGUGAACAAGUAGAGGCAAGAGACGGCGACACAAGAAGGAACAAGAAUAUUGCUCGUCUGGUCUUCCUGUUCCCUCUUGUGUCCCCAUCUUCUGCGCUACUUGUUCACUUAUGAACAGCAAGCCCGUUGCCUUGUGGGUGCCGCUGCCUCAUCGCAUCCAUAGGAUCUCUCGCCUUCAUACCUUUUUUUUUUUUCUAGUAAGGUUGGCAGAUGUGGCAGCUCCGAUUGCAUUUCACGGUGCAUCAACCCAGUUUUACAAUGAAGUUCCCGAGUGCUGUCGUCAUCUGCCCUUGUACAUAAUGUAAAUAUUAGCGAGCGCGUUUCUUCGUUUUUAUUUUGAUGUGCACAGUCAUGGGCGCCCAAGAUAUGUCUGUGCUACGCUGGUAUUGCUUUGUACAGAGUACCCUUUGUCGGCUGUAAAUAAACACUUUGCUAUGUUG